AUGAAAAAAGUAAAUCUUCAAAAACUGAUUGCCGUUUUGAAAGAAAAGGGAUGCACUCCUUGUCAGUGGAACAAUGUAAAGUGUGGUGAUGAUGUCAUCAUUGAGUCCUGCAAGGCAUGUUUUAAACAGAAUACAUGUUUGACAAAUCGAAAAAUAAUCAGACGAAUACUAGUAGACAGGAGGAAUAAUAUAUUGGAAUUAUACAAUCAGUUUGAACCAGAAAAAAAUACUUUCACUGACAAAGUGAGGGCAAUACUGAAUAAGCUACCGUUUGAAGUGAAGCGCGUAGACUCUGAAAUUGUUAUUGAAAUUUGCAAGAGGUUGGGAUUAAAAUGGAAUGCUACUAAAUGGAAAGUAGAAGCAUUAAAAAAUCACAAUAAAGUAACCUCAGCAUUACGUUAUAUAUUUAAACUGGACAGUAAAAAGGUAAAAACACCAAUUGAAAAGGUAAUGUUAUAUGAAAAUAUUGGGCAGGUGUCUGUUGGUGAUGAUUUUUUGUCAAGUUCUAGGUUAAUGGAGACAAGUAUAACAAUAAAUGAGAUGCCUGAACAUGAAUCUUUAUUGUUGGAAAAAAAACUCGAGGAGUCGAUUGUUGAUGAAUUUAUCACUCCUACAAAACGAAAUGAAGCAAUUGGCAUUGUGGAAUGUGUUAAUGAUCAACUAUUAACACACAAUUGCAACAAAGAUAUUAAAAGAAAAAUAUCACAGGUGGAAAAUUCAAUUAGAGAUGAAAAUACUCCUAAGAAAAAGGUAAUGUGUGGUUCCAAUGUAGAACAGUUAUCUGUUGUUGAUGAAACUUUGUACAAUUUUAGGUUGAUACAGAGAAAUGAGGAUAUUAUGGAAGUUGCACCUAUCUAUUCGUCUAGUGUAGAGAAUAUGUUGGACACUUCAAAUGAUACUGUAUCGUUGGAACAAAGUCCUAAAGAGUCAAAUUUUGUAUUUGUGACACCUACUCAAAGAAAUUUUACCGCAGGAACUCCUAGAAGAAAAUUAUUUCAUGAUAAUGUAACAGGAAGUUCAUUGUUUGAAUGUAAUAGUUCAAUUGAUUUACUUAGAAACACUGGUAAAACGAGAGACAAAUUUAUUAGUCCGAUAAAGAGUCCGUUAAAACGUUUAAAUGAUAGACAUUUUAAUAAAAGCCCUGGGGAGCUUUUACCACGAGGUUCUAAGAAUGUGUCUCCUUUAAACAUUAAAGGAGAAUAUUAUGAAUGUAACUUCAAAGAAGGGGAGUUCAUAAUUCCAAAAGAUGAAUGGAAUAAUAUAUUUGAAGACGGAAAACUAAAUACAAAAAGGUAUCCUGGUGUUAUCAGGAAACAUCUUCAAGAAGUGAAUAACACUUGUAUAUUGUAUAUUAAAAAGCUGGAAUACAUUAAGACUGAAAAAUCAAUGAAGCUGAAAAUUUAUUGUAAACAUGAUAGCUGUAAGAGGUUCAAACUUUACAUUUUACCUAUUGGUGAAGAAGCAGUUGUUGAAGUUUACAGUACAAGUAUAAACUUUAAUCAUAAACCAGAUGCUCGAUACACUACUCAAAUUAGGGGAGUUGAACGCAAAAUUAUUGCAGAAAAAAUUAAAGCGAAAAGUGCUUUUAAGUAUAGACAGGAAUGUGUAUUAUCAGUUUCACCUAUUAAAUUAAUGGAAUGUGGAAAUUUGCAAAACAUUAAAUCUCCUUCGAUGUUAAGGAAAACUAAAUAG